AUGUCCAAUACGUCAACAUCCAUACCCACUUCAAACCCUUCACAGUCACUACUUUCGCUCUCAUCAUCGACUUCUCUCCUCUCCUCUUCCGUAACCUCGCUAUUAUUGGCCUCGGAUAGUAUUCAAGACGAUGACGCGGACGAUUUGGACAGCAUUCUCCGGACGCAUUCAGUGGGAAACGAGUCCCUUGUAGAGGGAGCGUAUGGGGGGAUCUUGGGAGAUGGAGAUGAUGGUGGCGAAGAUAGUGAUUUGGAGUUUGUAUUGAAUCACUCGAGGUUGGGGUUGGAGAGUAGGGAAGGAUUUGCGGAUGGUGGUCAGCCUGUGGAGGAAGAUGGAGGAGACGCGGAAGCGUUGGCGCUGCAUAGAUCCUUUAGAGCCAAGAGGUCAAGGAGCGGGUCUCAUCGCAUGAAGUUGAAUUCUGCCCAAGGCACCCAAGGACAGGACUUAGAUUCAGUGGUACCCCCAGUCCCGAGCAUACCCAUCAUCCCUAAUACACCACAGACACCGCAUACACACGCCACUCGCGCGCAUACGAAGUCAGGCAGUGAUAGUGCUAGAGAAAGAGGUCGAAGGGAAGAGGAAAGCGGACGAUCUUCCAGUCCUGAGAUUGGCGAGAUACUGGCAAGUACGCCGAGACCGGCACGUUCGAAAUCGAGGCCGAGAGUAGGUCAGCCAGGUGGUAGUAAGAGUGCACCCGGGUCAAGAAGGGGGUCGGCUGCGAAUAGCGCGAGCAUCUCUCGGUCUACGUCAAUCGCUUCUGCUGCUUCAAUGUCCAAGUCUCUUUCGAGGUCAGCGUCAAGAAGUACGACUAGCACAGCAUCGGUUCUUUCAGCGUCGACGUCCAGGACCUCGAGGAGCACUGGUGGUGGAGGUGUCGUUGAUCUUGAUGCAGAUGAAUUUGGGUUCAUUGGAGGUGUUGGCGCACACAUGAGUGACGGAGGAGACGAGGAUGGGGCGGGCAGCGAUUCAAGCCUGGAUUUGCAUACACCAUUACCGCAUUUGAUGGUUAAGCAUGGAAUGCUGUCACCUAACUCGAAACUGCUACCAGCUGGGAUGAGUCCGUUUGCGAUGAAUUUCGGCGAUGCGGGGGCCUCUACUACAUCUUUAUCUACGACAAAUUCUCUCGCGAAUGCAUCGACAUCAAAAGGGAAAGGGGGCAAAGGUGCUGGUAAUGGAUUGUUGAAAGAUGAGCGAGAUACAGUCAAGAGAAGGACCCGACAUAGGGAUGGGAGUUUGCUGAGGGGCGGAAUCGGAUUGACUACGGGGUUGGGAUGGAGUGAUAGUGAAGACGAGGAUGCCCCGUCGCCGCUUACACGUCGGCUUUCGACGUUAAAUAUGUCGAGGAGUCCCUCCGCCGCGUCUAUGAGAUCCACGGGGUCUAUGGGAUCUAUGCGUUCCGUAGGCUCGAUUGGUAUGGGCAGGGUUCAUUCAAUGGGUGUCACGGGAAACAUAGGGAAAGGAGGCAAGCGGCACCCACUAUCGAGGUCGUAUUCGAGUCCGAAUGACGGGAUGCUUCUGGAGAGGGACGAACAUGAGUACGGAGAAGGGAACGCGGGGUAUGAUGAAUUCGGAUAUCCGACAGAGGGCGGAGGUUACAAUGAGUAUGGGAACGAGGGUGAAUACGGGCAGGAUUGGGGUGAUGGGGAUCUCAACGAGGAUACGGAGGUGUAUCAGAGCUUCGAUUAUCCGCGCAGGAGCGGGGAGAGUGCGAGUCGGAUCACGACGAGUAUGAGUUUGGGCGCGAAGACACGGACUGGAAGCGGGAGUGGUACUGUUAAUGGAAGUAAGGUGGGGGCGAUGCGUAUGAGCUCGAGCCUAAGUGGGAAGGGGAAGGGAGGGUUAGGCUUCGUGAAUCGGGACAAAGGACUACCGCCUCUGCCUCCGCUCAGCCGACAAGCAUCGAGCGCCAGUGUGAAGAGUACGACGACGCCAGUUACGAGCGUGGGUGGGAAUAGAAUCCCUAGGCCCUUGCAGUUGCCUCGACACUCUAGUAUGCGCAGCGGAAAUGGCAAUGGAGGCGUCGGGGGAGGUGAUCGUUCCCCUGUCCCUGUUCCCUCUGUUCCUUCUUCCUCGCCUGCCGUGUUGACCUCAUACAGUCAGCGUUCUAAUACGCUAGGCAGGAGCUUCGGGAGCGGCGUUAGUGUUGCGAGUGGUCAUAAUGGAACCGGUGUUGGUAACGUUGGAUUGAGCGCGUCGAUGUCGAAGUCGUCAGUGACCCUGUCGACACCCGCGUCAGGAGAGUGUGCCAUCGGCAAGCCGAAACCUCGGACGGGAACCGGGAUGGUCUACAGAAGUAGUGUGACGAGCCGGAUGAGGGUUCCUAGUGCACCGAUGCUGGGAAGGGCAGUCGGCAUCGGAGGGGCGGGACAGAAGACCGCUGUGCUCUGA